ACCACCCCUUCUCCGUGACGUCAAUUCCUGCCCCUCCCUCGCGGGAGCCAAUGGCGCGAGACGCCGUUGCCAUGGCAGCGGCCCGGGAGCCCGGCUAAGGUUUGCUGGGUAUCCCAGGAGCGGCAGGCUCGCCGGGGGCAGCUCCAUGAGCCGACCAUACACGGGGGCUGAGGCUGCCACGCCGGAGACUGGGACUGAAGAGCUGGACACAGGAAGCCAGGUACCUGGAUGAGCCUCUAACCCUGAGCCCCAGAGCCCACAGGCAAAUCUGAGAGCUGGGCCCACUCAGACGUCCACCUCCACCGGGAGGCACCUGUGCAGAGGUUGGAUUUCAGCCUAGGAGCAACUGGGCAGAUCGGUGUUUUCAGAAGCUUCCUCCAGCAGCAGCCACGUGGCUCUGGAUAACAGGGAUCCUCUCCACCCUCCCCAGGAGCCACAAGGAUGGCGCACCUGCUGGGCAGCCAAGCCUGCAUAGACAGCCUGCGCAGGGACCUUACCGACCUGCAGGGUGCCAUUGUGGACGUGUUCUCACGCGCCGGGCCUGUGCGCUUCCCCUCCUGGAAGUUCCCCGACCGCGUGGCCUGUGACCUGGACAUGGUGGCCCUGCUAGAGCACUAUGACCAUGUGCCGGGUGACCCCGAGUUCACGCAGCUGUCCCAUGCUGUUCUGCUGGAGCUGGUCAUCGACAGGCUCCUGCUGCUGCUUCAGAGCUGUGCAAGCUACUUGGAGAACUUGAGCUUGGAGCAGACGGUGCCCCCGGCCCGGGCUGUGGGGCCCUGCAUGUCCGUGGGGCUCACGGUGCAGCGCUUCUGGAACAGCCUGCUAAGGCUGGGCAUGCUCAACCAGCAGGCAGCCCCACUGAAAAGGGCAAACCAAGGGGAGACCUCCACCUCCAAGCCCACAGCCAAGGGCGAGCCAGACAGGAGCCCGGAAUCUGUGACUGCCAAGCUCAUCAAAGCCUCCCCAAAGCCAGGCUCGCCCCAGACCUGCCAAGAGCUGGACAGCACCCCCGUCAGAGUCUCCCUGCAGUGUCCAGCCAGGACGGCCGAGAGAACCAGAAGCGUCCAGUCCCAGACUGUGGAGACAGCCCUGGUGCCCUGUGAUGCCUGCACUAGCGUCCAGGGCAGCCUGCGGGAGGUGGGCAAGGUGGUCAUCAGCCUGUGUCAGAGCCAGAACUUGCCCUCGUCCUUAGGCCAGUUCCAGCACCUGGUUCAGGACAGCAUGGGCCUCAGGCCACUGCCAGCCGCCACCGUGGGCCACUGGGCGGCAGAGCAGAGCAAAGACCUGACGCGCCUUGGCAAGCACGUGGGGGCCCUCACGCAGCUUGUUGGGCCCCUCAGGGCCCAGCUGGAGGAGGCUGAGGGGCAGAAGGACAGACUGAGGAAGCAGGUGGGUGAGCUGGAGCAGGCCCUGCAGCAGGAGCAGGGGGCGCGGCGGCGGCAGGCGGACGAGGCCGAGCAGCGCCUGGCCGAGUGGGAACGCGACCGGAAGCAGCUGCUCGCAGAAACAAGUGACCUCAAGACGAAGGUGGCCAGCCUGGAGGGGGAGCUGAAGCAGCAGCAGGAGUCCACACGGGCCGUGGAAACAAAGGCCCAGCAGCUGCAAGAGGAGGCCGAGCACAGGGCAGAGGCCGAGCGGCAGGUGCAGCAGCUGGAGGAGCAGGUGCAGCUGCUGGCCGGACGGCUGGAUGGGGCUAGCCAGCAGAUCCGCUGGGCCAGCACAGAGCUGGACAAGGAGAAGGCCCGUGUUGACAGCAUGGUCCGCCACCAGGAGUCCCUGCAGGCCAAGCAGCGAGCCCUGCUACAGCAGCUGGACAGCCUGGACCAGGAGCGUGAGGAGCUGCGAGGCAGUCUGGACGAGGCCGAGGCCCGGCGGGUCCACGUGGAGGAGCAGCUGCAGAGUGUGCAGAGCGAGAGGGAGCAGGGGCAGUGCCAGCUCCGGGCCCAGCAGGAGCUGCUGCAGAGCCUGCAGCGGGAGAAGCAAGGCCUGGAGCAGGCGACCACAGACCUGCGGCUGACCAUCUCGGAGCUGGAGCGGGAGCUCAUGGAGCUGAGGGAGCGGGAGCGCCUGCUGGUGGCCUUUCCAGACCUGCACCGGCCUGCUGAGGCCCAAAUUCAAAGCUCUGGUGAUGUCACGGACGACAUGGAGAGGCAGGUGCAGGCCAAUGACAUCCGGAUCCGGGUCCUGCAGGAGGAGAAUGGACGGCUCCAGUCGAUGCUGUCCAAGAUUCGGGAGGUGGCCCAGCAGGGGGGCCUCAAGCUGAUCCCGCAGGACCAGCUCUGGGCCUCUCCCAGCAGAGGACUCCAGAGAGCAGCAACCCCAGCCCAGGCCCAGAGAGCAUCCCCAGGGCCCCUGGGCAGGCGGCACCCGCCUAACAGCAGGACAGCCAGUACGCACAGGACCCUGCCAGGCCAGCCCCGGGCCUCCCCACAACAGCCCUGCAGUCGGCCCAGCAGGUCCUCCCCAGAGGAUGUAACUCACUCCAUCAACUGCGCCCAGAACCCCAUCCGGGCCUUGGCCAGGCUGAGGAGGAGACUGUCACCAGGCCAGGGCCAGGCCAGCCCUGCACACCAGUCACAGGAGCGGCCCACAUAGCCUGCAGUGGGGUGGGGGUGGAGGGCAAGUGGCUGGCAACCCACCUGAUUUAAUAAAGCCUGGGCCAUCUGCCCACAGCGACCUUGGCCUCACAUCACUGGCUGAGGCGGGCAGAGUCCCCUCCCCGUCUUGAGUCUGGGGGUCAUCAGCCAACAGAGGCCUGGCACACUAUGUACCCUCAGUAAAUGGGAGCUUCCUGCCUCCCUCCUGAUGGGGCAGUGGGAGAAGAGGGCACACCGAGGGCAGAAAGAAGCUUCUAGCACCUGGGCCACAUGAAAGUCAGUCUUUUGAUCCCCAUAGCAAAGGCCAAGGGGUAACACGGACCCAGUGAUCCCCACCACCGAAGAGCAGGGUCAGGGUGAGAGGGACGCAGGUUAAGGAAAGCAGCCACCAGGGUAGGCCUGGUGAGGACAUCUGAGGCAAGGAUGGAGUCAGAGGCUGGGGUUCUUGCUCAAGCUCAAGGAGGUAGGCAGGCAGGCAGGGGCCACCCAGCCGUGAACCUGGGGAUGGGGACGUUAAGGACCCAAGAAAGUCAAGCCUUCCUUUCACUGAGGAACACCUCACCUUCCAGAAGGUGAGUCACAAAGGGUUUCUCUAAAUCUAGGAGGCCAGAUCCCUGGGAGGCAAGGCAAGGCUUCACCCCACCAGAGUGGGACAGGCCUUCGCAGAUCUGUACCUUGUGGCCGGUGUACUGAUGCUACCAGCCACCAGGCCCGUGGUGGCCCAGUCUUCCUCCUGAAGCCUCCAGGGAGGCUGAGGGAGCCCUGACCACUUCAUCUGUGAAGGAUAGGUACUAAGACGUUACAGAGGACUGGUGGGGGUCGGGGUAGGGGGUGCUCUUGGCUUUCUGUGACGGUUUUCCCUGGUCAGGAAGCCAGCAAGUAGAGCGCCUCAGUUUACAGAGAAAGGUCAAGAGGGGCUGUGUGUGCAGCUGACGGGCACGGCCCAACUACUGCUCCUGUGCAGCCCGGGGGCUCGCUGAGGGGGUCUGGGAUGUCUGGACCGGGCCCCUCUUGGAUGAGCACCAGCCCUCAGGUGGGCUCCAAGGCAGGGGACCUGGGCCCAAGUGCAGGGGGAGGACUCGUCACAGCCCAGCUCCUCUCUGCAUCCAUUUCAUAGCUCACAGGUCUGUAGGUCAGAAGUCCAGGCCGUGUGGCUGGGUUCUCUGCUCAGAGCCUUAGAAGGCGGAAGUCAGAGCAUCUGCCAGGUUGCAUUCCUCUCACAGGGGACUGGGGAAGAAGCCAGGCUCAUCCUGACUGUUGGCAGAAUUCCGGUUUUUGCAGCUGCAGAACUAAGGUCAUUUCCUUGCUGGCCACUGUCAGCCAGGGCCACUCUUGGCUCUUAGAGGCUGUCUGCCUCCCUUGCCACGUGGCCCCCUCCAUCUUCAAGUCAGCAACAGAGAAUUUCUCAUGAACUGAAUCCCCUCCAUGCUUAAAAUUUCUGACUUCCUCUUCUUUCACCAGCUGGAGCAAACUCGGUUUUUGAUGGGCUCAUGUGGUUAGGUCAGGCCCACUUGGAUACUUUCCCCAUAUUAAGGUCAGCUGUGCCCUAUAACAUAACCUAGUCACUGGAGUAAAACCCACCCGAGUCCCAGUUCCAGGACUACACAAGGCUGGGGGACUCAGGGAUUACAGAAUCUACCUCACACAGGCAGUAGACCCCAAGGUGACUUGUUUCUCUUAAAGCAUCCACACAAAUUUUACAUCUUAU